AUGGGUGAUCACUCGCAGAGAGCACCUCCCGCUUGGUGGCUGGGUCUUGGUUUGGAGGGUCUUUCGAUUAAGGAGCAAGCUGUCGAGACGGACCUGUGCGGUGCUCUUGGUGUGUCUGUGGCUAGCUUCUGGCCCGUGAUACUCUCCGGUUCUACGCUGUCCCUAGUAAUUCAUGAAGAGAGCUUAGGAGAUGACGGGGCUGUACCCUGGAGAGUAGCGGGAGAGGCGGCAUAG